GCAAAGCUGCCACUUUUCUCACACAUCUCAGAAUAUCGUACUGUACUUUAUACUUUCCCAGCUCCACCCUCGUCUCCCUCUGUGACUGUGAGUAAUGACACUCAGGGAAUCUGUAAAGACAUCAACAUCAUUAUCUCACCAUUUUCUUCCUUUUAGACUGGUUGGGAACGACUUGUGUUGCGUUUCUUGCCCAUUUUGCUUCGUGGGAGUGAAGUGAAGCAUCUUCACAGCUCCAAAUAAUUCAAUCACAAGAUUCACAACUUUCUUCUAGUUGGUUGUGUUAAUUUCCCAGUGUUUUGCAGGGCUUGCAAAUUUUGAAAUUAGGGUUCCUGUGAAAAUCCAUUGCUGUGGGUUUUAAACCUUUCAGAUUCUUGAAGUAUUGAGUUUCUGAGAAAUCUCAGUUUUAUGGGUUUUAGAGCUUGAAGUUGUUUGCAAUCUUGUGGGUUUUAGAGAUUGAAUGCUGUGAUGCACGAUCAAUUAUUCUGCUGUGGUUUGAAGUUUGUUCAAAGUUAAUAGCUUUAUUCACAAUGAAAGAAGAAAACCCAUCUGAGAAUCGAGCAAAAGCACCAAAGUUUUCUGAUCAAAAUCAGAUACCAAAGGGAAACAAUGCAAAAUCCAACAGCAAUUUCUCAAAGCCACGGUCUUCUUGGGGUUCGCAAAUCGUUAAAGGGUUUUCAGCGGAUAAGAAAACCAAGUCACAGACCUCUACUGUUGCAACCAAGAAAAUGCCCCUCACAAGCUCAGACAUACCAAACCAGAAAAACCCAUUUUUGCUUUCACAUUCAAGGGUCAAAAGGUCUCUUGUUGGUGAUUUGUCUUGUUCUGCCCGUGCUACACAAGCUCAUCUCAGCACAAUUAAUACCAACAGGACAAAUCAUUCCGGGUCCCGUGAUAUGUUUCUUGAACUAGACCAUCUGAGAAACUUGCUCCAAGAAUCAAAGGAGAGGGAAUUCAAGUUGCAAGCCGAACUGUCCGAAUGUAAGAGGAACCCUAAGGUUUUGGACCUUGAAAGAGAGCUAGAGUUGAAGAAGGGAGAAGUUGACAGCCUUGUUAGUAAAGUUGGGUUGCUAGAAUCAGAUAAAGUAAGCCUAACUCAACAAUUGGUAUCUCUAACUUCUGGUAUUGAAACUGAAGUUCCAAAUGCACCAGCUUCUUCACAUAAUCUUGAGAUGGAGGUUGUCGAGUUGAGGCGGCUGAACAAGGAGCUCCAACUUCAGAAGAGGAAUCUUUCUUGUAGACUUUCAUCUAUGGAAUCCCGGGUGGCCACUCCUUCAAAAGUUUCCGAGAAUGAGAAUGAGAAUGUCGCAAAGAUAAAAGCCGAGGCUACUUUACUAAGACUUACAAAUGAAGACUUGAGUAAACAAGUUGAAGGUCUCCAACUGAGCAGAUUAAAUGAGGUGGAGGAGCUUGUCUACCUGAGAUGGGUAAAUUCGUGCUUGCGAAAUGAGUUGCACCAUAGCUCAACCAUGGGUUCUGAUAAGGCAUCAAGCCCCAACUCGAAUGAGAGUAGCAAAUCCCUUAACAUGCCUUCUUUUCAUACUGAAGAAAUCUCGGAAUCUAGCAGUGCUGAGAGAUUCAGCCUGAUUAAGAAGUUGAAGAAAUGGCCUAUUACUGAAGAAGAUCUGUCUAGUAUGGAAUGCCUAGAUAACGAUGCCAUAGAUAAAAGUUGGGUUGACUCACAUAGUCCAAGAAGAAGACACUCCAUAAGUGGAUCAAAAUUCUUUGCAGAAGACAUGCUGAGUAAAUGGAGGCAAUCUAAUGGUUUUAUUUGCGUUAAGGAAAUUGAAAAGGAGGUAGAGACACUAGCUACUCAAAAGUAUGGUUUGGAAUCGGAUGUAGUUCAAAAGCCUCAAAUUUUAAGCAACUUCCAAGAAAUUACUAAGUUAACAUCUUCUUUGGAUGUUGCGAAACGGGCAUUGCGUGUUCCUAAUCCUCCUCCAAGGCCUUCGUGUACUGUAUUGAGUGGUUGUAAAGACGAUGGUGCAACUCAAAUUCCACCACCGCCUCCUCCACCCCCUCCCCCACUGCCGCCUCCUAAUUUUGCAACCAGAGGGACCACGGGAGUGGUGCAGCGAGCCCCAGAAGUAGUUGAGUUCUACCAUUCACUCAUGAAGAGAGACUCCAGAAAAGAUUCUUUAAGUGGAGGGAUUAUCGAAGGACCAGAUGUUGCAAAUGUUCGGAGUAACAUGAUUGGGGAAAUUGAGAAUAGAUCUUCACAUCUGAUUGCUAUAAAGGCGGAUGUUGAGACUCAAGGAGAAUUUGUAAACUACCUGAUCAGGGAAGUCAACAAUGCAGUUUAUCAGGACAUUGAGGAUGUAGUGGCAUUUGUGAAGUGGCUUGAUGAUGAACUUUGUUUCCUUGUGGAUGAAAGGGCAGUCCUUAGGCACUUCGAUUGGCCAGAAAAGAAAGCUGACACGCUGAGAGAGGCAGCGUUUGCGUUUAGGGAUUUCAAAAAAUUGGAGAAUGAAGUUUCUAAUUAUCAAGAUGAUCCCAAGUUGCCAUGUGAUAUUGCACUAAAGAGAAUGGUCAAUUUAUCCGAGAAGAUGGAGCGAACUGUUUAUAACCAUCUCCGGGUUAGAGAAUCAUUAAUGUGUCAUUGCAAGGGGUUCCAAAUUCCCACAGAUUGGAUGCUUGACAAUGGAAUUGUUAGCAAGAUAAAGAUGGGCUCUGUUAAAUUGGCAAAGAAGUACAUGAAGCGGGUAGCUAUGGAGCUUCAGGCCAAGGGAGCAUCGGAAAAGGAUUCUGCUAUGGAUUAUAUGCUACUUCAGGGCGUGAGAUUUGCCUUCCGAAUACAUCAGUUUGCUGGAGGAUUUGAUGCAGAAACAAUGCAUGCAUUUGAGGAGCUCCGUAAUCUCGCUCUUGUUUUGAAUAGGAAGUAAAGAGUAAACUACUGUAGUAAUUACUCCUGGGGCAUUGACUACUUGAAGCCCCAGGACCACUAGCUACCACACCAUCAUGUGGGGUUACUAGACUUAGUCGUGAAUCUGCAUGAUUUGUAUAGUGGUUAGGGACACCGGAACGCCACAUAGCCAUUCCCGGGAGCAUUGACUAAUUUUUCCAAGAUGGGUAAAAUCAUAUAGCUAUUGUAGGAUACAAGAGUGAGAAUCUGUGUACAAUCUUUGUGAGGAAUUGUGGUUUUGGUGUGAUUUCACCCCAUCUGUAUGGGUUUCUCCGAAUCAGAAAUGCUUGAAUGUUGACGAUACCAUGUCAGGAAUACGGACGAAUUUUGUAUAUUGAUUUUGAGACAGGCAAAUAAAAUGAAUAGUUUUUCA